CGCAAGGCACUGUAUUUAGUGUAUUCAUUUACCAGUUAUAUAGUGUUGUUGUUUAUGUCUCUAAGACUACAAGGAGAUACAACGAUGAGAACAACAGGAAGUGUGUUGGUGGUUGUUAUCUGGUCUGUAACAGGAACUAUGGCAACAAAAUGCGGACAAACAAGCCAAGUGACAGUGUCUCCCACCAACCCAGUGUGGGGACAGAAAGUGAUAUUGACCUGUAACGACCCCUGUAGUCUGAUUGACAACCAAAACCACACCUACAUCUGGUACAAGAACGGACAACGUCUUGUCGACUCCACCAUCUGUAAAUACACUGAUAUCAGUUAUUAUACACACAGUUACUCCUGUGCUGUAAAUGGUUCUGAGGGUCUCCGCUCUCCUGUAGUCUGUAUUCUGGGUAAGUCCUGUUUCAGUGUGACUUACACCCAUCAGAGAAUCUCUGCCUUGAAGGGCUCAACAGUGGAUCUUCCCUGCAAGUAUCAAUAUCCAAAUAAUCAUACACUCUCUUGGUCAAGCUUGUAUGUCCAAGAGAGACGUGACGAGAGGCCUGUUAUCCUGAGUUCAUUGCCAGAGUAUUCAGGUCAUGUGAAGUACCUUGGAGAUAAUGUGAGUGACUGUACUCUGAGAAUCACAGACCUGAGAGAGACUGACUCUGCUGAGUACAAGUUCAGAUUUAAAACACAUUAUGGAGAGUGGGGGUACAGCUUCUCUGGAACAACUCUGACUGUCACAGAAAUAGGACAUGCUCUCCUGUCUCCCUGGGUUCCCGUGGUUACAGUGGGGGCCGUCCUGACUGUUGGAGUUCUUCUAGUCACCAUCUACUGUACCAUGAGGAGGAGAUCUACAGUAGGAAGUGAUGCUACAACAAACCCACAGACCCCCACAUUGACCAACCAACACAUAUAUGCUGAGUCAUCUAUUUAUGAGAACUUAAGAGAACCACCACAGAAACUGGACUGAAGAGAACCACCACAGAACCUGGACUGAAGAGAACCACCACAAAACAUGGACUAUGGCACCAAAGCUAAGUCUCUAUUGUCUUACUGUGUUGCCACAGUGUUUCCAGACAAAUUCAAACUUUAGACUAUAUACUGUAGUUGAUAUAUUUGUCCUUGUAAUGACAAUGUUCUAUGCAAACAUCUGUUGUAAUAAAUUACAUUAUAUAUGUUCUUCUCUGUUUAGGUAUGUAUCAAAUGUGUUUGAUUAUGAUUCAGCUUUUGUUGUGAUUUU